ACAGUGAAUUCCAGAAACUUCAGGGGCUGGUCUGCAACGGAAGAAUCCUAUCUUUUCCUACGCACCGGGGGACUUCACCAUCCCGACUUGGGCGUCGCUUGCCCAGCCACUCCGGCGUCCGGCCUACUCCUCCGGUUCGCCGGAACGCACCAGCCUGACUCCGGUCCCAAGGGUCACCACCGUCCGCCGCGCCGAUCGAGCACUCCUCGACCCACAUCCGGGUAAUUGUGCAAGGCCGCGCACAUGCAAGAUGGUUCUCUGUCAGGGCUUAUCUUCUGGAAAUGCUCAGCUGCUAGCCUUUCCUUGUAGAUCAUCAAGUCUGAAGAGCACUCAGUUUCAUGUUAAGAGGAAGAAUUUUUCUGCACAAGCUGUAAGAGUUGUUGUUGAUUCCUUCCAUCAUUGUAUGCGUACGUCAUUCCCAAGUGUGAACUCUAUCAAGAGCAUUCCAUCACUAUCAACAUGGCACAAUCAGCAUCUAAGGCCUGAAGUUGGUUGUCGAGCAUCCUCUCUGGCAUCAUUCAGCUACCCCGAGCUGACUUCCAAACCCAGAUGGUGGUGGAGAACUCUAGCUUGUGUGCCAUACUUGCUGCCACUCCACAACAUGUGGUCUUAUGCUGACGCCAUCUACCAGCUGCACACAUACUUGCAGGGGUUUUCGCUAUUGUACACCUUCAUCGACACCAUGACACUACUUCCUGGGUGGCUCUUCCUGGUGAUAUUUAUGACAGUCUACUUCUUCGUUGUGAGACGAAAAUGGUCGCCACACUUCCUAAGGUUCCACGUAAUCCUGGCUAUCCUCCUGGACACCGGCUCCCAAGCAGUGGCCACCAUGUGCACCUGGAUGCCAGGCAUCGUGUAUCAGGGGAAGCCCAUGCAGUACUUCUGGAUGUCGAUCGCGUUUAUACAGAUCUUCUCAGUGCUCGAGUGCAUGCGGUGUGCUCUUGCUGGAAUGUACCCAAAUGUCCCGUUCAUAUCGCACACAGCAUUUAUACACUCUGAUCUUAAUUUAUUCAGGUAGCCAACUGCUUACAGUAUCAGGUCUAGGAUUUCAGAAGUGUGGUUUUUUGUUCUCUAGGCUAUGUUUUGUUCACAUUGAAGUCUCAUAUGUAAUUGCUACCAGUAUUGCGUGCAUUUAUCAUUAUUGUUUUCUCAUUA